UCUCGUGUCACGCGCCCAAGUUAAUGCGUUCUAUGUAGGACGGUCGGCAAAGUUCGGCGUUUGUAAAUUUUGUGACAAUCACGUGAAAAAUAUCGCAUAGCAAAGUAAUCCUAAUUGAAAAGAGGUUUCACAGACCAAUGGAUUUAUCAUUUCACUUGCGGAUAGCCUUUCUGAUCCUUGCCUCUGGAACAGCUUCCUUUUCCCUCAGGAUCUUGUCUCUUGAUGUGCCUCAUGUUGUUCCCAGAGGGCGAGGGGCACAGCUGACUUGCUCGUACGACCUGGAGGGAGAGAAGCUAUAUUCUGUCAAAUGGUAUAGAGACGACAUGGAGUUCUUUAGAUUUGUCCCCAGGGACGAACCUCAACAGCUUUACUUUCCUUUGGAAGGCAUCGACGUCGAUUUCUCCAAGUCUACUCAACAGUCCAUCUUUAUCCAGAAUGUCCAGACUGAGACAGGGGGCAAGUUUCGCUGUGAAGUGUCGGCUGAUGCACCAUUUUUCAAGACAGCAGCAGCUGAGAAGUGGAUGGCCGUAGAAGGUAAAGGUCCGCUUUAA